CAAGGGUGUGUGCUUUAUUUCCAAUCAAUUCCCUGUCUCCCCUGGACAUUUGCAGCAUUUGAAUGCUGCUUGACAACAAUUCUGCGAAGACUUGGACAUGGCAAGAUUAACAAAGAUCGUCAUUUUAGCAAUCUCAGUUGGCAUUUUAGCAGUGUUAUGGAGAGAUACAUUUGAACCUGAGAUACUCUCUGGAGCCCAUGUCCUGUUGACUGGAGCUAGUAAAGGGAUUGGCGAACAGAUGGCAUACCACUACGCCCAGUUCGGCAGUGAACUUGUGAUAACUGCGCGAAAUAAAACUCUACUGGAACAAGUGGAGGAAAAGUGUUUGCGUCUUGGAGCUCGGAAAGUCCACUCCAUCUCCGCCGACAUGUCUGAUCCAAAGAGUGGAAAUCAAGUGGUGCAAUUCGCUCUGGAAAAACUAGGUUCUCUGAACUAUUUGGUUUUGAAUCACAUCGGAUAUGAUCCUUUCCAGAUGUGGGGUGGGAACGCUGAGCACACAAGCUGGCUGAUGCAAGUCAAUUUCCUGAGCUACGUGCAAAUGACUGCCGCGGCGCUGCCUUCGUUAAUCGAAACCAAAGGAUCCAUCAUUGUCGUCUCCUCUCUUUGCGGCAAGGUUGCCAUCCCAUACGCCGCUUCUUACUCCGCAUCAAAGUCUGCUUUGGAGGGAUUCUUCAAUUCCCUGCGGCACGAGCUGGUAAUACAGAAGAGGGAAGUGUCAGUCACGCUGUGCAUCCUUGGACUGAUCGACACUCAGACAGCAUUGGAGAAAAUGAGAGCCAGGGGGCUGGCGAUAGUGAGCCCCCACCCUGCUGCCGAGGCAGCGCUGGACAUUAUCCGAGGAGGAGCGAUCAGGGCAAAGGAGAUCUACAGCCCUUGGUGGGUGGUGGGGAUGGCGCGUACACGUGACUGGUUCACCGACUUGCAGGACAUGCUCAUGCACAGAUAUUUUCAGCCAAAGGAUGGGCAAUAAGCAUCAGUGUGGUGUGGUCCUGGGCAGCUGUCAAUCCUGCCACACGGAAAUAAAUGGAAAACAACACGGAACUGGGACAACUACUUUAUUUAGUUUAGAUUAGGGAUACAGCGUGGAAAUGGGCCCUUCGGCCCAACGAGUCUGUGCCGACCAGCGACCCCUGCGCAUCAACGCUAUCCCUACACACACUAGGGACAAUUUUACAUUCAUACCAAGCCAAUUAACCUACAUACCUGCACAUCUCUGGAGUGUGUGAGGAAACUGAUGAUCUUGGAGAAAACACGCAGGUCACGGGGAGAACGUACAAACUCCGUAUGGACAGCGGCUGUAGUCAGGAUUGAACCCGGUUCUCUGGCGCUCUAAUGCUAUGCCACUGUGCCGCCCAUUCUGUAUUCUGUACUUCAAAUGUAAACAAAUACUCCACAGAUAA